AACAGCCUCUGUUCGCGUCUUCUUCCCCGUUCCGACGUGCGCAGUUGAUGCUGAGAAGGUAGUCUGGCGGCUGAAAACCCAAAACAAUGCGGUAGAAGCGCGAAAAGCCGCCACUGGGUCACAAUGCGCAGCUCCGGGCAUCGUUGAUGCGUUGUGUGGCGUGGGCGGCUUGUGGUGUGUCUCACAGGUGCGGUACUGCUUGGAUAGCUCAACGGUAGUACGUGCGGACUUGGAUUCCGCCAAGGUGAGGCGGGAGGAAGGACGAGAGGAUGAGGCAGCAGCAAGAGCUGAGGGGGCGUGUUGACACGUAGCGACGUUCACAGAGGGUCCAUCAGACGCCUCCCGCACCCCUGAGCACCUCCUGUUGUGUUAUGAUGGUCAGGCCGUUACCCACCCUCCUACGGCGUGAGGGGAGGCAGUGGGCGCCCUUUCUGCUGUGGCCCUAUGAGUUCCCUGGCGCCAGGCUCUGCCUGCGGCCCCUCCCGCACCCGAUCCCGCCGUCCCCUGGUCCCCACUCGGUAUUUGGAUUUCGAGUGCGCCACGGCCGCUCUGCAGGAGGGUGACGAUAACCUUAAGGGCGGUGGUGAGGACGAGGAGGUGGUGACCAAGGAGGAGCUGAUGGCGGCCGAGGCUGAGGAAGAGGAGGAGGGCGGCAAGUCGCCCGUCAGGGGCACUGACGAGGCCAAGAGCACCAUAUACGGCGUCUACUUCCAUGAGCAGAAACACGUACGUACAGUACAGUACAGGGAGGCAGGCAUGGGAGAGAUGAGGGUACCCAUGAGCUGGGCGGAAGGGAUGGGCAUGUGUGGCUGUUGUCUUGUGUUGUCUGUGUUGUGUCUGCAGGAGUGGCGGGCCCGAUACAUAGAUGGGUGUGGCGAUCGCAGGAUGAAAACGUUCUCAACGAAUGUAUACACACACCACACCGCACCCACGCAUCCACACGCAACACACACCCAUCCCUGUCUGUCUGUCUGUCUGUCUGUGGUUCAGAAAUACGGUUUUGCCGAGGCCAAGCGUCUGGCUGAGUCGUGGGUCAAGGACUACGGGAGGAGCCUCCCGGACCCCAACACGUCCCGCAAGGCCAACCCCAAGCGCCGCAAGCACGGCAAGUCCGGCGGAGCCUCACGCAGAUCCAGGGCCGCACUCGCACUCGCCGCCCAGCCCCCUCCCGCCACCACGGCGUCGCCUGAGGAGAUCGCCCGACUAGACGAGGCGCAUAAGUGCGUCAAGGCGCUCGGCCUGGAGCUGUCCGCCGACCAGGUGGAGAAGGCGCUGAGGGAGGGCCUAGACUUCCAGAUCCUCAUCGAGCAGCGGGCUCGCGGGGCCGUCAAGACCGACCUAGAUGACACCACUGCGCCGGGUUCAAGCGAGGGCAGCGGCAACACCCAGACUGAUAACGAGAUGAUGGUCGAGAACCAGAGCAACAGCAACGACGAGUCUGGCGGCGGCAAGGAGGGCAACGGCCUGCCCCCGCGGCAGCGCCUCCUCCCCCUGCUCAAGCAGGGCAGCAGCGAGGGGCUGUCGACCAUCGGCGGCCGCACGGCUGCCCUCAUGGCCACAGAGACCCUCAUGUCGUCUCGUAGUGCUGGUGCCAAGGAGGACCUGCUCAUGGGAGGGGCGGCCAACGGCCGACACGACCACGAGUCGAAUAGCCCUAACGUGCUCGCCAACGCGCCCCUGCUGUGCCCGUCAUCCCCGCCCGGCAACACGACCGAAGACAUCUCGCCCUCCAGCGGCAUGGGCCGGCUCUCGUCGGCCCCCCCACUAGACGCCGUGCAGCAGCAUGGCGGUGGUAGCACUAAUUGGCGGUGUGGCAAGGGGGAGGGGGAGGGCUGCGGUGAGGGCGAGGGUGCAGGAGGUGAGGAGAUGAUGUGCUCGUUCAAGCACAAGUGGACGGACCUGGUGGAUAACGGGGGCGUUGGCGUGCCCGAGGGCGGCAUGAGCCCGUCCAAGCUUGCGGCUGCCGAUGGUGAUGGUGAUGGGAGUAGCGCCAACCCAACGCUCUACCUUAAGGUGCGUGCGUGGGCCACGAGGAAGGGGGAUGGAUGACACAUACAUAAGUGGGAUUGGCCGGCAUGUCGUCUGUCUGUCUGUCUGUGUGGUUGCCUUGCGUGUGUGCAUCAUCAAUCAGGUUGCUUACAUGCACGUCGAUACAUGCAAGUACCGAUACUUCCCCUUAGAGGUACAUUCUCACACGACACAGACCGUGUCAUGUGCUUGUAGUGUCCAUCCAUCCAUCCAUCCGUCUGUGUGUCAGAGUGGCCGCGAGUCCGUUGGUGUCGACGCUGCUCGUGCGUUCCACCGCGAGGUAGUGAGCCGCGGGCUGGUCCCGCCGCCCGGGGCGACCAAACGGAACAAACGCAGGCGCGACUGUAAGCGACCCGACACAAGAAAGAUAUGGGUUUGUGGAUGUAUAUGUGUGCGGUGCUGCGUGCGACCACCAUGUGCAGCUCUCGAGUCGGGUCACGGUGUGCGUUCGCACCGCAAGGGCCGAGCACCUCCCGCCCUAAGGGUGAGCACACACACGCAGACGCAUGCGCCCCCUACAUGUAUAUGCCGUGGUUGCGUGUCUCUGUCAUUUGUGCAGCGUGUUAGUUCCGGUUUGACGCAGGACGGCAUCACUGAGUUGGACCACGAGAUGUCGAGCAGCCCAUCGCACCUUCGCCAGUCGCCCCGGUCGUCCAAGAGGCUGCGGGUAGCCCAGCCCCCCCACACCCAGCCGGAGCCGCUCGACCCAGUCAUGGCCGCCGUGCCACCCCGCUGGCGAGACCUCAUCGGCAUGUGCCUCGUCGUCACCGUCAGCUCGGGCGGGCCGUCCGCCACGCGAGUGACGAUGCCGCCCCUGCGGCCCGAGAUGGUGACGCCCGUCUGUUGACCGACAGAUGGCGGCGUCAUCCAUCCAUUAGUCAGCAUAAGCGGCCACCUGUGCAGAAAUAGAGGGUGCUGGAGGGGCGAUAGAGGGCGGGGGGGGGGCGGGGGGGUUGAUUCCUUUUUGAUGAUACGAUACAUGGAUGGAUGAAUGAGUGUGCAUGCGUGUCGGUGUUGUGUUGGCGCCUGUGGCCUGGAUGGAUCCGUGCAUAAUGGCUGACCGGAUGGCUGGAUGGAUGUGUUGCAUGUCUUGCCGUGGAUUUGUGUGCCUGCGUCUGCCUGCAAGUGUCUGCGUGUUUGUUGCGGCCAUCCAUCAGUGCGGUGGAUGGCCGCGGCGCUUCUCUCGCUUCUCUCUGCUGUGACUAACUAACAGAAGGGAAAGAAACCUCCCUUCGUGUUACUCUUUCUGUCUGCCUGUGGUCUCUCGAUCUGCAUUGUGAAGCUCCCUGCGUGAUUGAAUGAGUGGACGGGCAGGGAGGUGGGCGUGGCGUAGAGGCGGG